AUGGCCCGUUUCAGGAAGAAUCGAGCUCGCCAACCACAACCACAACCUGCAAAGCCGACGGCAGUGUCAAAGCCAACGAAAUUGUCAAGGUCGAUAGCAGUGUCAAAGCCGACAGCAGUGUCAAAGUCGACGGCAGUGUCAGAGCCAACGGCAGCUAGCAGUUUGUGUAGCCUCCCGCCCGAACUCUUUGACCGAAUCCUCAGCGAGGUCACGAGUGGAAGUGAUUUGACCUCCUUGUCUCGGUGCAGUCACGGUCUUUAUUGGGCAGUUUCCGAUUGUCUCUAUACCAAAGCCUUCGGCAAGGAGAUACCACGUAGAAGAGAGUACAAUGAUGAGUGCGAUGAUGCUCUUGCAUUUGUUUUCGUCCAUGCCGUCAGGCAUGAUUCAGGGACCUUAAUAAAGUGGCUAAUCUUUAGAGAACAUGGCUCACGUUUAAGAGGACUAUUCCCUUGGAACAAAAACCUCACUUAUCUGCACUACGCGCUGCUUCAAGAUGCCCCAAAAGUCGCAAUCCAGCUUCUCAAGCAUGGUGCUGAUCUCAACGAAAAUGAAGCGCUAUAUCCCGAUCUUAAACAUCUCUAUCUCGCUCUUCCCCAACUUCUUAGUAACAGGGUUGGGUCCCUUGAUGGACCUCUUCGCAUCGCGUGCAGUUAUGCCCUCCCCAGAAUGGCUGAAUAUCUCUUGAUACGAGGCGCCGACCCCAAUGCCCACAGUGAUUUUGGGUUUGCAGCAAUUCACAUAGCGGUACGGCAUAAGCUUCCCUGGAGUCAGUUCGAGCUGUUCUCCUUGUUGAAUCAAAUUGCAGACAAGUCCUGCGAGAGUGUUGAUCAAACAAAUGACUCCGAGGAGAAUCAGAAAAGAGAGAAAGAUCUCAACAAUUUUGGAGGGGAAACAAACUCCCAGAGGAUGAAAGCACAAUUUGUAUCCACAGAGGUCAAAGAAAAGGAAUUUUCACCUUGGGGCGAACCGGAGGAUACUCCAAAGAAAGACUUUAAGACGAUUCAAUGGGAAGCCAAAGUGCUUCAAACCGUCGAAGUGCUACUGCGCUUUGGUGCUGACUACAACCUGCUUGCACUGGAUUCCUGCCAUCACCAAUGCGGUCCCAAGUGUUGGAAGUCGUUUUCCUGUGCUCCAAUUGAUCGACGAGUUCUCCAUUUUGCAGCUGCUAGUGGAUACGCUUCAGUUGUAUCAGCCUUGGUCGAGAAAAAGGCACGUGUAUUCCAGGCAGAUGGACAGGGCAAUCUUCCCGUUGUUCAUGCCAUGGCUCAAGACCACGAUGAAAUUGUGGCUUUUCUGUUGAAGAAAAUGAAACAGUUUACGAGAUUAAGAUCGCCCCGCGGUAAUCCAAUCGUUUGCGAAACUACGAGAAGUACGGUUCUUCAUAUGGCUUGCCGAUUUGCACAUCACGCUGUGGUGAAGGAUCUCAUAAAAAGGGGUGUCGACGUGAAUGGAGUCGAUUUACGAGGCCGGACGCCCUUACACGAAGCUGUCGGACAAACCGCCCCAGAUUUGGAGGAGCGUCUUGUAGAGACGCUCUAUUUACUUUCCGAAAACAAUGCCAAUCAAGAAAUCAUCGAUUACGAUGGUAGGAGCGCGGGGGAUUUGGGAGCAAAGCAUAGACUUGGGGGGGUUCGGGCGCUGUUUGAGUAUGCUACUAUGGCUAGAUAUGAUUGGCAGCGUCUUACCGAACCUCAGAUGCACGGACGGGCGACUGCUGCGAAUAACGUGCCACCUCCGGACCCCAGCUGGUUUGUAAAUGAGGAACCAGACAUUCCCCCACCCAUCCGUCAUGACCUAGCACCAAAGAAGGCUCCCAUUUGGGUCAAGAAGGAGAGUUUCCCAUCGUUGAAAGGUCCCGGGGCACCGCGUAAGGUGGCCGACCCUCCUCCAAAUAGGAAGCAUUCGGUGACUGGUCCGCGAAUGGCUCUUAAACUGUUAGAUACAGUAGAGCCGGUGAAAUCGACAGAGAUGGCAGAGACCGAAAAGACAGCAGGGACAGAAAAGCCAGCGGGGAUCGAAGAGCCAGCAGGCAAUGAGAAAAACGGUAAAAAGGGAGGACGCAAGAAAUGGAAUCGUUACCGCUUGGUCGCCCUCACCAUCGAGAAGAAGCGUGAUGUACGCCCCGACGACUUCGAUGAAGACCUCUCCGACAUUGAUGCGACGUCAAAUCCCUCGGGAUUGGAUUGCGAUUGCGACGGCGAAGACUGCGAAUGUGAUAAUCAAUCUUCGCAUAGCUCGGAGAGAUCAUACAAUGGAUCGGAUGCUGAUUACUACUACAAACUCAAACACGAACGCGAAGAGCGGAAGCAGCAGUUACGGGAUUGGAAGGUGAGGGAUAGGGAAGAAAAGGAAUACUGGCGCAAAGCCGAGAGCGUCAGGGAAGAGGAAGUACAGGCAGCUUAUAAGUCUCUGCAACAAGCCGAGAGCAAAGGACACCUCAUACCCCCCCUCGACUCCAUCGCUCACAAAGUUUUCCACUUAUAUUCCCUUGACUACUUGAUCACCGCUACGAUCCCUUCUACUAUCCAACCAAAUAUGCCGAAUUCUAUUACCUCGAAGAAGGCGAUGAAUGUGUGAUUAAACAACCGCUUUCCAGGGAAACGAAAAUUGAGGGUCAAUUGUACUUGAAUGUCAAUUGUGGUUGCGAAUUUGAAUAUUUCUCUCCUCCGAAGCAAGCAGGUCUCGAGAAAUAUAGCUUGAAGGAUAUCGAGGGGAAAUUUGCCCCCACAUUUCAGUUCCUUAGCAACGAUCACUUAAUCAUGACCGUCUCUCGAGAUCUAGUCUUCAUGGAUGUUCCUGGACGCCCACUUGCACCAGAUACACCAGAUACGUUCACAUUUUACGGCGUUCGUAAUGAUUUCAAAGAGGAGAAACGUCGAAGGGAAGAGGAAAGAAGAACUCUGCGCUGACCAUCCCCUCGUGAGACUUGGUUUGAGAGAAGCCAUCCGAUGGGAGCAUGGAGCAUUGGGG